CCCCGGCCUUGCCACCUCCAACACUCGUAGAAUCCCUAGUAUUUCUCCCUUCCCAACAGGUAGGUUUGUCAAUGGCGCUGGCUCUGUUGGCUCUGCCUCUUCUGGCUGCUGGGGUCAUCGCCCAGUUUCCGCCGUCUCCGCAGGACGUGCGGGUGGUGGAAUCCCGGCAUGAGGAGGGAGUUUCGAUAUCGUACAAAGAGCCAGGCCUCUGCGAAACGACCCCCGGCGUCAAGUCGUACGCCGGGUACGUUCAUUUCCCCCCUUCCUCGACCGAGCAGUACUCGACCAACACCUUCUUCUGGUUCUUCGAGUCGCGCAAUGACCCGCGGCAUGCCCCGUUGGCGAUCUGGAUGAAUGGGGGGCCUGGCUCGUCGUCGAUGAUCGGCCUGCUGCAGGAGAACGGGCCGUGUAUGGUGACUGCCGACUCGAACGGGACGGAGCUGAACCCCUGGUCGUGGAACAAUUAUGUGAAUAUGCUGUACAUCGACCAGCCGAACCAGGUGGGAUUCAGCUACGACGAGCUGACGAAUGCGACCUAUGACCAGCUGACGGGGAAAUGGGAUGUGGCGGACACGCCGUGGAAGGAUGCCGACGAGAUACCGGUGCAGAAUAACACGUUCUACGUCGGCACGGUGAGCAGCCAGAACGCCAGCGCGACGGUCAACAGCACGCAGAACGCCGCCAAGGCCCUGUGGCAUUUUGCACAGAUCUGGCUCACGGAGUUCCCCGAGUACAAGCCGGCCGACGAGCGGGUGAGUAUCUGGACGGAGUCGUAUGGGGGCCGCUACGGCCCUUCGUUCACGGCAUAUUUCCAGGAACAGAACGAGCGGAUCGCAGACGGCAGCCUGACCGACGGACAUUCCAUCCACAUCGAUACGCUGGGGAUUAUUAACGGGUGUGUCGAUCUGCGCACGCAGGUGGCCUCGUACCCUGCCUUCGCGUACAACAACACGUACGGGAUCGAGGCGAUCAACCGCACCGUGUACGAGACGGCGAUGGAUGCGUUCCGCCGCCCGGGCGGAUGCAGGGACCGCAUCGACGACUGCCACGCUCUGGCUGCCGUGGGCGAUCCGCUCAUGACCGGCGCCAACGAGACGGUCAACGCCGUCUGCCGCGACGCAGAGAACUUCUGCAGCAAUGCCGUCGAGGGGCCCUACGUCGAGUUCGCAGGUAGGGGAUACUACGAUAUCGCGCACGUGGAGCAGGAUCCGUUCCCCCCGCCGUACUUUACGGGGUUUUUGAACGCCGACUGGGUGCAGAACGCCCUGGGCGUGCCCGUCAACUUCACCGAGUCGUCGGACGCAGUGUACAACGGGUUCACUUCUGUGGGAGAUUACCCGCGUUCCGAUGUGCACGGGUACCUUGACGAUCUGGCAUACCUCUUAGACUCGGGGAUCAAGGUUGCCCUCGUGUACGGGGAUCGCGACUACGCAUGCAACUGGGUCGGCGGGGAGGAGGCGAGCUUGGCCGUGAACUACUCUCAGGCUGCAACUUUCCAGUCGGCAGGGUACACAGAUCUGAAGACCAAUGCGUCGUACAUCGGCGGGCAAGUCCGCCAGGCGGGCAACUUCUCCUUCGUCCGUGUCUACGAGGCCGGCCACGAGGUCCCGGCCUACCAGCCGCAGACGGCGUACGAGAUCUUCCACCGCGCGCUGUUCAACCGCGACUUGGCGACGGGGAGAACGAAUACAGCCACGGACGAGUCGUACGUCACCCACGGCCCGUCGAACACCUGGCACAUCAAGAACGAGGUGCCGGACUCGCCGGAGCCGACGUGCUAUGUGCGCUCGUUGCUGGCGACGUGUACGGAGGAGCAGAUUGCGGCAGUGGUGAAUGGCUCUGCCGUCAAGGAUUAUAUCUUGGUGGAAUAG